GCUAUACGUUAAUGCCUAGCGGAAGGAUUUCCACCAGAGCUUCUCGGGUAUCGGAAAAGGAGAAUGUCCUCUCCACUAGCGACAACAGGCCUCAUAAACUUGCAAGACCCCGACAAACUUGGACUGCACCAAAUACCGCCUCAAACCCUUCCACAAGAACACCACAUCGUGCUAGCAAAGAUCUAGCACUUGCUCGUCUGCUUGCCCCAUCAGAUUUAGAUUCAUCUUAUGAACGUGAAAAAACUCCACCGGUGAAUAAACGCUGCUUCACUGCGCCACGUCCAUCCCAGCGAACUCCUCGCAUGACAAUAGACUUGCAUAGUCCACUUCGUCGCCUUCGAUCCCUAUCCAUUCAUACGAGUGCAGACACUCCCUUAAACAAGCGUGCCACUGUACUCACUGAAUCAGCCCGACGCAACGAAGGAGGUAAACGCCGUAUAAGAGAGGACAAUAUUGAUAGUGAUUAUGGAGCGGAAACCAGCACCGAUGUUUCUGAAUCCUCUGACGAGGACGAUUCAGUCACUGAGUCCGAGGUCUCGUCACUAUCCGACGAACUAUCGGACAGUUCGUCUUCUGUAGAAUGGUUGCGUUGCCGACGCCGACGUCCCCAAGUCAAAUGCACUCCAUCCACUACCCCAUCAUCAGCCAAACGCACGCCACGCUCUGCCACAGUAAGUUUGCUUUUGAACCGGUAUGUUUUUAUCUCACUUUUGACGCUCUCCAACUUACUCCUGAGAUGGGGAUGA